AUGCACUACAUAUGUUGUGUCGCUUUCUCUGUUCAUUCAAUCAGUCUAUCGGUCAGUUCAAACCAAACAAAAUAUUCAAUUAUAUUUCGAAAUUUACAAGACAUGGAAAACGGUAACGUUGCUGUCGAACAUCAAGAACAACUUUGUGAAGAAGCAAAAAAUACCAUUGAUCAAGAAACGGAUGAUAUCUUGAAGAAGACGAAAGCCGCAAAUAAUGAAGCGGAAGAAGAAGAUGAUGAUGACGACGACGAAGUAGUACCGUCGACAACGCCGAAACCAGCCGGAGAACAAGAUGACAGCACUGAAAUUGAAGUUAAUGUAUCUCAAAGUGUCUCGCCGGGUCAAGUUGAUGUGCCUGGCAAAGAAGUGAAUGGGAGUGAAAAACAAGAAGAUAAUGAAACUGUUGUUAGCAGUUCCGAGAGUGUCACUAACAAAAAACGUGAAUUAGAAGAUGAAGAUGAAGACGAUCAAGCUUCAAGUUCGAAUGAACAAACCAAGAAAAUGAAAAUACAUGAACUCAAUGAUACUCCUCCCGUCGAAACCAAAGAGCUAAGUGCGACUGUCGACGUUUGA